ACUACACAGACGUUCCGAUUUGAGGAACAAAGCACCAUUUUAGGUGGUUUAGAUACUCAGUUUGAUGCCAGCAAGUGGCCUGCGAGGGUGCUCUUCUCGUGAUUACGCGCAACUCACACGAAAUCGGGUCUAGCCUUGAGCUCUAGCGCUCGAUCGUCCUAGAUCUAUUCUCGUCCUUAGUAUUCAAAGUACAGUUCCUUCAAAAGCGAACUCUCUCGAAAUGUACAGCAACUGCGCAAGCGACGGCGACGGGGGAGGAGAAGGGCGGAAGCACGAAUCCAUUGAAAUGAGCAAAGAAUUGGGCCACGUACCAAGUUUACAGCCUAACCCGCCAAAAAGUACGGACGCCCCCAAUAAACAGCAGUUGGUGAAAAUUGAACAACUCCCAGAUCGCGGAUCAUGGUCUUCGAAAAUGGAUUUCAUUCUGUCAGUAGUGGGACUAGCAAUCGGCUUGGGAAACGUUUGGCGAUUUCCUUAUUUGUGCUACAAAAACGGAGGCGGUGCUUUCAUAUUACCAUAUAUAAUAACGCUGUUUUUAGCUGGAAUUCCGAUGUUUUUCAUGGAGCUAGCUCUUGGACAAAUGUUGACCAUUGGUGGUCUUGGUGUAUUUAAAAUAGCCCCCAUAUUCAAAGGAAUUGGAUAUGCUGCUGCCGUUAUGUCAUGUUGGAUGAAUGUUUACUAUAUUGUGAUUCUGGCUUGGGCGGUAUUCUACUUCUUCAUGUCCAUGAGAGCAGAUGUGCCCUGGAGGACGUGUAACAAUUGGUGGAACACAGUCAACUGCGUCAGUCAAUAUGAAAGACAAAACUUACACUGCUGGGAUAAGAUGCUUAAUGGCACCGCAAAAAAGGUUUGCUCCGUAGCUGCUGUAAACAUUACAUCUUCCGAACUCACAGAUCCAGUCAAAGAAUUUUGGGAGCGUCGUGCACUUCAAAUAUCACAUGGCAUUGAGGAGAUUGGAAACAUUCGCUGGGAGUUGGCCGGAACCCUAUUACUUGUCUGGAUUCUCUGCUACUUUUGUAUUUGGAAAGGAGUAAAAUGGACAGGGAAAGUGGUCUAUUUUACUGCCCUGUUUCCCUAUGUUCUUCUGACGGUUCUGCUGGUUCGGGGAAUAACUUUGCCCGGAGCAUUCGAAGGCAUUAAAUUUUAUAUUAUUCCCAACUUUUCAAAGUUAUCUAAUUCCGAGGUCUGGAUAGAUGCUGUCACGCAGAUAUUCUUCUCAUACGGUCUUGGACUCGGCACUCUAGUUGCCCUCGGAAGCUACAACAAGUUCACCAACAAUGUUUACAAAGACGCACUCAUCGUGUGCACAGUCAACUCCAGCACCAGUAUGUUCGCUGGCUUCGUCAUAUUUUCAGUCAUAGGCUUCAUGGCCCACGAGCAGCAGCGACCAGUGGCCGAAGUGGCUGCCUCAGGACCUGGCCUGGCCUUCCUGGUGUAUCCUUCGGCAGUGCUGCAGCUGCCGGGCUCUCCAAUGUGGUCCUGCCUGUUCUUCUUCAUGCUCCUGCUGAUUGGCUUGGACUCGCAGUUCUGCACGAUGGAGGGCUUCAUCACUGCGAUCAUUGACGAGUGGCCCCAGUUGCUGCGGAAGCGCAAGGAAAUCUUCAUUGCGAUCGUAUGCGCACUCAGCUACAUUGUGGGCUUAACCUGCAUUACACAGGGCGGCAUGUACAUAUUCCAAAUACUGGAUUCGUACGCAGUCAGCGGCUUUUGCCUCCUGUGGCUCAUAUUCUUCGAGUGCGUCUCGAUAUCUUGGUGCUACGGAGUUGAUCGGUUCUACGAUGGAAUAAAGGACAUGAUCGGGUACUACCCAACGGUCUGGUGGAAGUUCUGUUGGUGUGUCACCACCCCUGCUAUAUGCUUGGGCGUCUUCUUCUUUAACAUUGUGCAGUGGACUCCCAUCAAAUACCUGGACUACAACUACCCUUGGUGGGCGCACGCUUUUGGUUGGUUUACGGCACUGUCGUCCAUGCUCUAUAUUCCCAUAUAUAUGUUCUGGUUGUGGAAGCGAACUCCUGGUGACCUCAGUGAGAAAAUCCGAGCUAUAGUUCGAAUAGACGAAGACGUGCCCCGGUUACGCGAGAAAAUGCAGAGAGAAGCUUAUGCCAAAGAGGUUGAAUUUAAUUCCUUAUAGACGUAUUUAAGUUAUUUGAUAAAAUGUUAGGGGCCUUUUUGUUUACCUAUUCAUUCAGCUAAAUUCGACUUGAAAUAGUUUGGUUUACUUGGGAAAUCAUUUCUAAUUUAGACCACUAGUAUAGAAACGAUUUGUUUGAUCUUUGGAAUCCACUUUCCUGUCUUCACCUUAAUCUUUGCAAUAAACCGUUGUAAUAAUUUUAUAUUUUUAUUAACCCAUUCUUUAUUACCUGAAAGCUAGUCUAAUAAUCAAGCACAACAAAAUCUAGGGUUUUCAAUGGUUAUUGGUGUGUUUUAUGUGGUACUUACUCAAAAGUAGAACGCUGGAUAUUUAGAGUGAUUGAAAUCUUGAAUUUCUGAAUACUCUGCUUUUGGAGAAGAGUUAUCUACAUGAGUACAGUGCAGGAUUUCAAAACCAAUUUAACCAAUUCUCCCCUAAGAAAAUAAUCGAUAUGUUCUUGGCUUGCCAGUGCCAAGUUCUCAUCCAUUAGAUUAGGUUACUCGAUAUAAUAAAUACAAAAGAGGUUUCAAUAAUUGUUGCAAAUGUAAAAAUUUAAGCCAAAAUGAAAUUUGCUCUUUUGUCAGGAUCGGGAUCAAACUUACCUUUUAUCAGUUUGAUAUAUAUAUUUUUCAAAAACUGGCACAGAUUAGAAGGUAUUUCGCAAUUUAGUAAUGUUUAGAAAUAAGACAUGGGUAUCCCACAACGAAAUCGCAUUCAUGUAAUAUAAGCUUGUCUUUAUUUAUAUAUAUAUUAUAUAUAGAGGUAUAUAAAUAUGUAUUAAUUUAUUUCAAUGCCCUGAUGGUGCUUCGGGCAUUGCUCUGUAAUUUAUCUAUAAAAUGUCUAAAUGUUGCUCAACGUGUCAAAUAAAUCCAAUAUCCACUCAA